AUGCUCGACAUAUGGAUCGAGCUACCAGAAGAGAUCAGUCGCAUGAUCCUCCUCGCGUCAACUCCGACACGCCUCAAGGUCCACCUCUUCCACGACGACGUUGGCGAAUGCGUCAUGACCGCCGAUGGUCUGGCCGCCGAUGAUCUAGCCGCCAAUGACAGCGAUUGGAAACAUCUCAAGAACAUGCUGUACAUCGACAGCGACUCGCGCAGGGCAGCCCUCGAGGUACUUCGAGAGCACGGCGUGCUUGCACACGGCCACGGGAUCCUCGGGAUCGGGGCUUUGACCGCCUCCAGCCGCAUCUCAAGGGCGUUGUUCGACCACUUUGGUUCGAUCGUUGCUGUCGCUCCUGCAGCUUACUGGAAGCUCAAACACGGUAUUUCAAACAACCGAAUACAUUUCCUGGCGGAUCAAAACAUUCGUCAGAUCAAGACCGUGGCCCGUAUGCCGGGACCAGGGCAAGCCAGACAAUUCUCUCACAUCCAAAUCACAUCAGUUGCUCCCAUGACAGCUGGAGAUGAUGGAGAUGCCCGGCAGGCUUCGUUGGGUGCAAAUUUGAGCAGGAUUUGCGAGUGGCAAGACCAAGUGGCUGGACUGUAUCGAUGGACUGCUGGACGAGAGGAGCAAUUUCGAGAUGGCGUAUGGAAGUCGGAUGUCGCGCAAGGGAUCCGGUAUGGCAUGCGUGACUGGCAAGUUGGAGUCAAUCCCGCGCACUCAAGAAUCCUUCGCGACAACAUGGUAGCCGCACAGUCAAUCUUCUUACAGCAGACCCUCCCGAAAAUGACCUCUACGCCGUUGAAUGCGCCCAUGACCGACAUCUGGACGACACUCCCGCCGGAGGUCGAAAGCAUGAUCAUCACGGAAGCCGCACUUGUUCCACUACAGGCACACUUUUAUCUACGACACGGCCAGCGAUGCGUCCAGGCGGUAGACUCUCAGCAAUGGAACGCAUUCAAAACAGCUCUCAGCAUCUCCAAGAGUACGCGCAAGGCAGCGCUAAAAGCAGUUCACGAAAGCGGAUCGGUUGAAGACGUCGUCAUCGCCAGGAGCGAUCAUACUCCAUACCGCCGCCAGCCAUCGAACGCCCUCCUGUCUCACUUCACACUACUGUGUCGCUCAAUGCCGUUCCGUCUGGAGUACAUCGAUCGAGCUUCACGGAGCUUCUUUUUCCCCACGACACUGGACCAGAGGUAUCCCGACGCAAAUAUCAGACUGUAUAUUCCAUUCCCGCAUGCAGGAUCAGCUCAACGACUGGUACGCGUCGACAUCGAGUCCCACAACGAUGUCCUCCGGCACCUCCAGGACCAAGAAAUGCAGAGGAGGGUGGCGCAUUGGGCUAAGCGUGCAUCAUACGGAUCUUGGGCGUUUUGUGUGCUUCAGCCCGGCGGCGGACCGAAAAGGGAUCCGUCUGUGUCGUUUCCAGGUGAGAUAGCUGAGCUGCGAUCGAUGUUCCGGUGGGUCAAGAAGUAA